GCACUGGUAUCAGUACUAUCGGCACGCCUGAUCGAUCGGCCACACACGUUUCCAAACCGUCUCAGCUUCGUCUCUCUAGGUUUUAAAGGCUUCCUCCUGAUCAGCUGGUGGCAGUAAGCCUCCUUCAGGUUGCUGCGCUGACUGAAACUGAACUGAGGAAGACAGACCGGGAGUCAGGAGCGGAGCUGCCGGGUGUUUGUGCUGGUUUGUGAUGAAGAGCGCACACACUCAGCACCAUCAUGACUCACUUUCGCGGUCUUAUCCGGGGGCCACACUGGGGUCUUGCGCUGGACGACAAGCUGAUCGACUUCUGGCGCAAACACGAGUGUCUCUUUAACUCCUCCGCCAAGUCUUACUACGACAAGGACUUAAAAACGAAGCUGUGGACUGAGUUCGCGCUGUCCAUCGGGAAGCACGUGUCUGAUGUGGAGAGGAGGGCCAGGUCUCUGCGAACACAGUACGGGAGGGUGCUGUAUCACCCGGAGAAGGUGAGCCCUGGACAACAGAAGAGGCUGAGGGAGAAACUUGGUUUCUUGAGGCCUUACAUAGUUCGCAGGAGAGGAUAUUCAUCUCUGGAGGACAACUUUGUGGAUCAUGAUGAUGACGAUGAAGAGGAGUUGGAGACUGAGGGGAGCAUUGAUCAGGAGAUGGGCAGCUCGUUAAGCAGUCAGCUGGAUGCAGAUGGGGGUGGCCAAGACCUGGAUGAGCCCCAGUCUGUGGACUCUGCCCCAAGCUUUGCCCCGCUUCAGUGUCCACAGCCUCAGGUCACAGAGGUCGUGUCUCUGAGUUGUCCGCAUCAUCACGAUGAAGACCAUCAACCCGAUAAAACAGCCGCGCUCAACGCACGCAAACACGACGUCCUCAACCAGUUUGCUGAGGUCAUGCUGGCCGACAUGCGGCAGGUUGAAGACCCUGUGCUGCUCAUGAGGCUCCGCAGAGACAUCACAGACCUGGUGUUCAAAGCUGUGGAGGAGGACGUGCGGAGGCGGUGCAUUCGAGCACCAUCCUCAGUGAUGGGGAAUGGCACGCAGAGCUGCUGCAGUCCUCUGCAGCUAUAUUCAAACAUCUCCUGGAGCCAGAGGCUUCGGAGGAGGAGGAAUAAAGGAUGUAGGACUGGAAGCAGGUCGCAGAGGCAGGAGGAGAUUAGGAGGGUGUCCAGGAGUCAGUUAGCACCACCUGUCCAUCCAGGGCAGGCUGCAGAGUUGAUGAGCGCAAACAGGCCUCAGGUUACUCUUCAGGUGUUUGAGAUUAAAAAAGGUGGGGAGCCAGAUGUAGUAAAGAUCGAAGAUGAGCCUUUAGCUCUGGACUGACUAGAGUCUGUCGGGGCAAGGUGAGCAGGGUUUGGAGGGAUGGAAGAGGAGGCUGUCAUUUUUUAUUUUUUUUUUUUUUUUUAAGUUUUUCUUAUAUUUUUGGAUCUUGCACCUCAGGGUCACCGUAGCUAGAAUUUAAACUAAAGACACAUCUCUGCCUUUGCAAAGUAAAUUUUUAUAAGCCUGUAGCUGAACCUUUGGAUGUUCUUCAUCCAGAAAACUGAAUAAGAUGAGGAAAAUUAGCUUUAAGCACAAGGCAGCUCUCUUUGCUACCCAGCUAAAAGAAGGGGAAAAAAACUUGUCUUGUGUGGAUUUUCUGUUGUGAAUAAAGAAACUUGUUUUCAG